UUUGUGGGUCCUUGCGUUAGUUCCUGGUCCACGUAUGAGACAGAUCCAAACGCUAAUAUUGACCUAACAAAGAUUUACCAGAUAAUGUGUAAAUGUGACACUAUAGUCUAUCUGUUGAUUAUUCAUCCCGGUCUAUAAAUUGUCUGGGAUAUUUAUUUAUUUUUAGUUUUGGACGUCGCUGUUGUUAUACGGAUGCAGAAUGUCUUGGUUGGCUGACCUGGCAGGGAAAGCUGAAGACUUCCUGAAUAAAGUAGAUGCAGGAGCUGCCAGCCUGACCAAACCCCAAGGCCGCACCUCCUCCUUCUCCUCAGCCUACGAUGCUCCUGACUCCACCGAAACCUCUCAGUACAGUAGCACCGGCUACAGCACCAACACAUCAGAGACACAGCAACACCCCUAUGGGAACUCCACCUCCCACAACACACCAGGAUCUGGUUUCAUUACUGCAGCUGCUGGCAACAUCAAAAAAUCCAAAGGUUCCCUGUUGACUAGCUCAGCCACAGUCUCCACUACCAGCACCCUUCCCCUGAGGUCUUCCAGCACUGCCUCCUCCUCCAACUCCAUCAAACCCUCCUCCAGCUUUGUGAGGCCCAGUAAGAAGAGUCAGAGUGAGCAAGAUGUAGCUGAUGACCUGUUGUUUGACUUCCUGAACAGCUCAGACCCUCCGGCGGCCAAUGAGAGGCGGGAGGUCAGACCAAGAGAUCCUCUCAGAGUAUCUCCUGAAGGAUCAGGCUCCCCACCUCCUGUCUUGGCUGCUGCCCCCAUCAUGGUCCCCUCAGCCCCCUCCACGCCCCCCUCCCUACGGGGCAUGUCGCGAACCUCCAGCUACAGCUCUCUGUCCACCAGUACUCACAGUGCCAAAACAGGGGGUUCGGAGGAUGGCUCUGCCAAAGAAAGUCAAGACACACCUGAUGGUUCUGACUCUGGGUUGGCUGUUCCCCAGUCUAUCACCUACCUAUCAGAGUCUCCAGCCACAUACGAGGUCCCUCCCCCAGCCCUGGCCCAGCCCCCUAUAGAGGAGCAGCAGAGUCAGAUGAUGUCCAGUCUGCGUUUGGAGAACCAGCUACUGAGGUCAGAGGUCACCUCCCUCAACCAGGAACUGGCAUCCAUCAUCCAGAGAGCCAAAGACACUCAGGAGGAAUUGAACCAGGCACGGUUACGCACAGAGAAGUGGAAUUCGGACCAGUCUCGCACAGACCGCACGGUCAGGGAGCUGCGGUCGCAGGUUGAUGACCUCACAGAGGCCCUCGGUGCUAAGGACGGGCAGUUGGCCGUGCUGAAGGUCAGGCUUGAUGAGGCAGAUCAGUUACUGAAGUCACGGAGCUCUGCUCUGGAGGAGGCACAGACUGAGAGGUCCCGGAUCCUCCAGGACCACACAGAAGGAAGCAGUAUGCAGUCCCAGGCCAUGACGACCAUGCAGGAGAGACUGAGGGAGGCAGACAUGGCUCUACGCAGGGAACAGGAUGGCUAUAGACAGAUGCAGAGUGAGUUUGCGGUGCGGCUAUCCAAGGUGGAGGCUGAGAGGCAGACACUAGCGGAGGCUGUGACGGGCGCAGAGAGACGAGCGUCGGAUGACAAGCACCGGGUCGAGGACCUCCAACAGCAGAUGAGGAGUGCCCGGAACGCAGCCGAGACUGCCAAGCAGGAGUUACAGGACUAUAAACACAAAGCCUCCCGCAUACUACAGUCCAAAGAGAAGCUGAUCAGCAGCCUGAAGGAGGGGUCAGGCUUGGAUGGUCUGGAAGGAGGAGGAGCCGGAGUUUUGGAGCUGGAGGAGCUUAGACAUGAGAAGGAGCUGCAGAGAGAUGAGAUCCAGAAACUACAGGGACAGAUGCAGACGCUCCGUGCUGAGAUACAAGACUUGGAGGUAGCGGCCCUGACUGAGGCAGAGACGUGGCGAGAGCAGCAGCUGGAGAAUCAGGAGCAACAGGCCCGACAGACCAGAGCCAAGCAGGAAGUGGAGGCCGAGGUGGAACGCUACAAACAGGAGCUACAGUAUGUCGAGGAGGAAAACCACCGUGCCAAGACAACACUGCAGAGUCGCAUCAAGGAUCGGGAAGACGAGAUCCAGAAACUCAGAAACCAGCUGACCAAUAAGGCUCUGAGCAGCAGUAGCCAGGUGGAGCUAGAGAGCAGGUUACACCAGCUGACGGAGACUCUGAUCCAGAAACAGACCAUGUUGGAGUCCCUGGGAACAGAGAAGAGCUCACUGGUCUUCCAGCUAGAGAGGCUAGAGACCCAGCUGAAGAGCGUCCAGGGAGGAGGGCAGACCGGGGGGCCGGCCAUUAACAUGAGCAGCAUGGAGAGCCCAGGGACACGACAGAGGAAUGCACCAGUCCUGUUCAACGACCACGACAGUCCAGGAGUGUAUGGACAGGUACGCAAGGCAGCCAGCACCAUCGACUGGUUCAGCAUCCGGUUAGGAAUCUUCCUGCGACGCUACCCCAUGGCUCGGGUUUUUGUAAUACUGUAUAUGGCACUACUGCACCUAUGGGUCAUGAUUGUUCUGUUGACCUAUUCUCCAGAGAUGCAUGAGAUCCACGACCAUCCUGCAGGGACAUAGAACUCAAGGCCUGAACGAUGUCAAGAUAGAGCUUUAUAUAUAUAUAUAUGUAUAUGUAUAUGUAUGUUGUUGUGAUCUGGGGUAAGGUGAAGAUGCGUUCUCUUUGUCAUCAAAGACUAGCCUGGUGCCAGAUCUGUUUGUGCUGUUCAGACCUUCCUACCAUGCACACAAUUUUAGGUCAUAAAUAUGUUGGUAUGGAGGAGGGGGGGACGUUUAAAAUAACACAAAUAGGCUUUUUAAAUCGGCGAAUGAAUUGUGGCUUUUGACUCAACCGUCAUAAGUUGGAGCUGAGCUAAUCAGAGGAGGAAAAAUCUCUAUCUCUCAGCUACAGCCGGUAACCCUAAAGUCAUAGAACCAUUUCUCAGGCUGGAUGACAGGUCUCCGCCGCGUCCGUUGAUACCGCUGAUGUGUGAAAAAAGGGGGGGGAAAGGAGAACGAAUUGUUUUGCUUAAUUAAUACAUUUUCCAGAAUUGUGUGUUUAGUCAAGCACAUAACCACUAUUAUUUUGUAGUUAGCGCCUUGGUUAAGGCGUCAUUACGACGAACGUAAGUUAGCUACAACAUUUAUUAAACGAACCGAGAACAUUUUCUUGACUGCACACGUUUUUGCUCUCCGUAACACGAGAGCGUUGACGAGCGAAGGGGGGGAAAUGUGCGCGUCGUUGCGCGGAUGGGAAACGGUCAUGGCAGAGAGAGCUCCUCCACCCGGUACCGUCCUUCACAGAAAGUUAAGUUAGGACGUUUUAGCGAUUACUAGGCCAAUUGAUCAGUUUUUUUGAUCUGUCCUUUUGAUUAUAGCUAGAUGUCAACAGUAGGCUGCUAAUGCUGUGGUAAAUCAGUUCACCAAUGACAACAAGGCAUGUUGAAUGAAUGGUAGUCUAGUAGUCAGACCUGAUGGAUUAGAUCAGGGAUAGAGAUCUGGAAACCAGUUGAGGUGGCUCUCAUUCAGUUGAGGUGGCUCUCAUUCAGUUGAGGUGGCUCUCAUUCAGUUGAGGUGGCUCUCAUUCAGUUGUUUCAUGUUCCAUAUAGCCGACACUAAGCUAGACCUAAUACAUUGCAUCAAGUCAUUGAAUUAUUCAGAAUUCUCCCCAUAACAAAAUGAAAACGGCAGUUUACACUUUCAUUAGACUCUAUCCACAUAAAGACAUCUAUUAAUUAGAAUUUCCCCUAAAUUGAACCUAGAAAAAAAUGUGAACGUGUCAUUGAGACCACCUCCAAUUUGAUUUAGGAUCAAACACAAUAACUACAUUUGAUAUAAUAUAAGACUAGGUUUCAAGAAAUGGCAGUUUUAAAGUUGUUUUUUUUUGUUUAAUGUAAAAUGUUGUUAAUGGGGUCUGGUGCCGCGCUUAAGUGAUACUUCAAGGUUGGCAGGUCUGUGUUUUGCCAGCGCCGUUCUCCGUUGGCAUGACAAUGACCAUAGGAGUUGGCUCGAAAGCACACCUAGAUCUGAGACCAAAGGCUAGUUGGGAGUAGGGAUGGAACAAGCUACUGAUUUAAUGACUCGAUAGGCACAGAACUGACAUGUUAGCUACUCUAUGGGACACGGACUGACUUAGGAUCACUUUACCCUGUUAUCCACCUCCUAAGGGUUACACAAUUCUUGUAACUUUACCCAAAAUGUCAAGGUUUUCCAGACAUUCUCUCUGGCAGUUUCCUGCAAUCAGGAGAAUAACCAAGGAGGGGGGGAUCCACUAACUGGAAUCGUCCAACUUGGAUUUCUGUGAAUUUUGGAGAAAGUUACUAGUAUUGUGCAACUCACCCCCCGUCCCCCCCGUCCUACCUAUAGAGCCACAGGUCAGUCACAGUAGAACGGUGUUUUUUAGCUGUUAUUACGCAGUCAGAUGCUGGUGGUUGGUGCAGUGAUGACGGCAUAUUCAUUACAGUUCUUUUCAUUUCUCCUUAUCCCCGUCUCCUGUAUGAUGUAACCCUCCCCGUCUCCUGUAUGAUGUAACCCUCCCCGUCUUAAAUCUGUUCCUUUCUAUGGCGGAAAUAAACUGUUUCCAUCCACAGUCUUCAUGUGAGUAAAACCAUACCUAGAAAAAGAUUAUAGAAAAAGAUUAUAUAUAUAUAUAUUAUAUAUAAAGCUGGUAUGGAAACCGGGAAACAUUUCGGUACAGUAGUAUAAAUGCCGACAGAUAAUUAACAUGGUGGAUUAUUUUUGUGUCGGUAAAAUGUAUUAUGCGAGAAAUGGUGGUGGAAACAUCCUUUUUAUGCGAAAAUAUUGAUCUAAUAACUAUCAUAUGGACGUAAACUUGGGAGUCACGCAAUGAUAUGGUGUGUGUGUGUAUGUGUUUCCACAACGACUCGGAAAACCAUCUGUAGCCUAAUAAAACUGUAUGAACUAGGUUAUGAUGAAUUUCACAGGGUGGGCGAAGAAGUGCACGGUGAUCUCGAUGCUCCUUUCCAAUAAAUGUCGAGGGUCUUAUUCUGGUGACAUGAUGAUCGAUGCUUGGCUGCCGUUUUGACAAAUAAACAUUUGCAUAUUUUCUUUUUAUGCGGAUUCUAGAAUAUUCACAUGAAAAUCUGUCUCUCCAAUUGGAUGGAAAACUUAGCUACUGAGGAUUAUUUAAAUGUGAAAAGGAUUAUUUUAAUAAACAUCAAACCUGAAGA